AGCUAAUGGGUAAAUAGUAGUAAGAAACUUAAAUGCUGUUAUUUAUUUUCUCUUUUUAAUCUAUAGUUCCAUUCAAGAAUAUGACCAGUCUCACACUUCUGCACAGUGGUCCACAAUUUACAAAUAACUUUUUUCUACGUUGUGUAUCACAACAUCCCCAUAGGGUGCGAUUAACCCCAUUUUACAUGAAAACUUUGUUAAUAUCAGAAAGCAUAUUAAGAGCCCCCUUUGACAUGGCAUUUUUACCAGAUCCUACAUUUCCAAAAGGACACAACUUAAGAGGAAGGACAAUCACAAAACUUGGAUUGAAUCUUCCACAAUACCAAGCACUGGCUUCGAUUUUAUGGCCGCGAGUAACUACACACUGGGCCCCUUUUCUCAUAUGUAAAAUAAGGGCAACAAUACCUUCUUCACACAAUUGUUCUGUGAUUAAAUAAGAACAAAGGCUGAAGGAUGAACCUACCACGUCGUAGGGCCUCUAAUAAAUACCUUCUCCUUCUUCCCUUGACAGCUAAAGCACGAGAUAUCACUAUCAUUCCCACUUCACACGUGGAGAAACUCGAAGCGGAGAACGCUCAGGUUCCCCUUCUCCACUGGCAACUCCGCAACCCCCAGAUUUGGUUCGGGCAAUUGCGACGUCCGCUACGUCGGUUCUUGUAGCGUGGAUUCUCUCCUCGAGUUGCGCCUGGUGGGGGCUGGAGGCCGUUGAUAAUUGCUCCCAUGAUUCUGAGGAAUCCGAUCCUAAUCCUCAACGGCGCUUCAGGGACAAAGCUGCUUUCCUACCGUCCCUAACCUCGCCUAGAGUAAAGGUCGCGGCAAAGCCUCAGCUCCAGCUACCGACGCCAUUUUGGCCUCUACGUGUGACGCCACACGUAGCAGAGAGCCCAGCCGAUUGGUUGGGAGACGGCAGCCAGAGGAGAGGCGCGCGAAGCCAGAGAAGAGUAUGGAGGAGAAGCCAAGGAAACUACAAUCCCGGCCUUCCUUGCGCCUGCGACAGCAUACCGAGAGCGAAAGACAAGGGAGCUUGGGUCCGGACCACAACUCCCAGCACCUCCCGCGAUGUCUCCUCUUUCCUUUCAAAACGCGGAGGAAAAGAGGGACUAGGAGAAUGGAGGCCUUCUGGAGUCGGUUCUCCGAAAGGCGGGAAAGGCGAACUACACCUCCCGAUUGGCAGCGCGCGAGUGCGCCUGCGCCCUGAUGCCUGUCGCCAUCUUGCCCCUUCUGAGGCACCGCAAACAAACCCAAUUCCUGGUGUUUCCUAGUCUUGGCGGAGGAGCCUUUUAGAUGAGCCCCGAAAGGCCGGGCAGGGAAGACAAGCUCUUUGGGGCUACCAAAAAGAAGCAGCAAUGCCUGUUGUGUGGCCAACCCUUUUGGAUCUCAGCAGGGAUGAAUGCAAAAGGAUUCUUAGAAAAUUGGAAUUGGAGGCAUAUGCUGGAGUUAUCAGUGCACUUCGGGCACAGGGGGAUCUCACCAAGGAAAAGAAAGAUCUUCUCGGAGAACUCUCAAAAGUUCUUAGCAUCUCAACAGAGCGCCACCGUGCUGAAGUUCGGAGAGCAGUAAACGAUGAACGGUUAACAACAAUUGCACAUAAAAUGAAUUUAUCCUUAUAUUUGGGUGAAAGACCAAGUUACAGUAUGUCUGGACCUAAUAGCUCUUCAGAAUGGUCCAUUGAGGGUCGUCGCUUGGUUCCACUGAUGCCCCGGUUGGUUCCCCAAACUGCCUUCACUGUAACAGCUAACGCUGUUGCCAAUGCAGCUAUCCAGCACAAUGCAUCUCUUCCAGUGCCUGCAGAAACAGGAAGCAAGGAAGUAGUGGUUUGCUAUUCCUACACAAGUACCACGUCAACCCCAACCUCUACCCCUGUUCCAAGUGGCAGCAUAGCGACGGUUAAGUCUCCAAGACCUGCCAGUCCUGCCUCCAAUGUAGUUGUCUUGCCAAGUGGAAGUACUGUUUAUGUCAAAAUGUUUACUCCUAUUUCUCUUUCUUCUUUCAAAGGUGUUAAAAUCAUCACACAACAAGUUCAACCAAGUAAAAUCUUACCCAAACCAGUGACAGCAACUCUGCCCACCAGUAGCAAUUCCCCUAUUAUGGUGGUUAGCAGUAAUGGUGCAAUUAUGACAACUAAACUGGUAACCACUCCUACUGGCACACAGGCAACCUAUACCCGGCCAACAGUGAGCCCGUCCAUAGGUCGGAUGGCUGCAACCCCUGGAGCUGCAACCUAUGUGAAAACUACCAGUGGUAGCAUCAUCACAGUAGUACCCAAGUCAUUAGCUACCUUGGGGGGCAAGAUAAUUAGCAGUAAUAUAGUUUCUGGAACGACUACCAAAAUCACUACAAUCCCAAUGACUUCCAAGCCCAAUGUGAUUGUUGUGCAAAAGACAACAGGAAAAGGAACGACCAUUCAAGGCCUCCCGGGCAAAAACGUUGUCACAACAUUGCUAAAUGCUGGAGGAGAAAAGACUAUUCAGACGGUGCCAACAGGAGCAAAGCCAGCUAUUAUCACUGCUACAAGACCCAUCACCAAAAUGAUUGUAACUCAACCAAAAGGAAUAGGUUCCACAGUUCAGCCAGCAGCUAAAAUCAUCCCAACAAAAAUUGUUUAUGGGCAGCAAGGGAAAACACAGGUUCUUAUUAAACCCAAACCAGUGACAUUUCAAGCCACAGUUGUUAGUGAACAAACAAGGCAGCUGGUCACAGAAACAUUACAGCAAGCAUCUAGGGUGGCAGAAGCUGGUAAUUCAUCUAUUCAAGAGGGAAAAGAAGACCCACAGAGUUAUACCGAUAGUAGUUCCUCUUCUACAGAGUCCUCCCAAAGUUCCCAAGAUUCCCAGCCUGUAGUUCAUGUAAUUGCUUCCCGGCGUCAGGAUUGGUCAGAACAUGAGAUUGCAAUGGAGACUAGCCCCACCAUAAUUUAUCAGGAUGUAUCCAGUGAAUCACAAUCAGCUACUUCAACAAUCAAAGCUCUAUUAGAACUCCAACAGACAACAGUAAAGGAAAAAUUGGAAUCUAAACCAAGACAACCCACUAUUGACUUGAGUCAGAUGGCAGUGCCUAUUCAGAUGACCCAGGAAAAGAGACAUUCUCCUGAGAGUCCAUCCAUUGCUGUGGUAGAGUCAGAACUAGUUGCUGAAUACAUCACUACUGAACGCACUGAUGAGGGGACAGAGGUUGCUUUUCCCCUUCUAGUCAGCCAUCGCUCCCAGCCCCAACAGCCCUCCCAGCCCCAGCGGACCCUGCUCCAGCAUGUGGCUCAGUCACAGACCGCAACACAGACUUCGGUGGUGGUGAAGUCCAUCCCAGCAUCUUCCCCUGGAGCAAUCACCCACAUUAUGCAGCAGGUUGUAUCUCUUCUUUCUCUUCCUACCUUCUGUAACUGCCUCCUUCCUGAAAUAAGGCUUAGUUUCAUCGAUUAUGGGAGAGGAAAUAACUGAAUUGAAGAGCAUUUGUGUAGUUCUUUCAUCUGUGAGGACUGAGUAGAGGAAAUGAAUUGAGAGUCUUAAUACUUGGAAUGUAAUUAAGAAACAGUAUUCAUGGAUCUUCUGUAAAAUUGGAACAUUUCAAAAGGGUGGGACUAUCCAAAUGAAUCUAUGACUUCAGAAUUGGUCACUCUUUCUAUAUCCAUUGUUAUGGAAGCAUUUAUCACUGAGGUGAGAUUUUUAAAUGAAAUAGAAGUUGGCUUGUUUAGCUGUUUGUUGCUAGGUGUUUUGCUUUUCGAAUGAAUUCUCGUAGGAAACGUUAUUUAUAAGUAGGUAUAAAUAUCUGACUUCUUUCACUAUAUGUGACCAGUUAAGGAGGAGACUCAAUGAGGAAGGAGAAUGAGUUAAUACACAACAGAAAAUCGGUUACCAGGGGUAACGGGGAAAAGAAAAGAAUAUGCUGAUCAGCUGAUUUUGUGUCAGAUACUGUGCUUUGAGCUUUAAAUACAUUAAUUUGUUUAAUUCUCAACUAUGAUCCUGCAAGGUGGGUGUAUUAUCCCUCUUACAAAUGAGGAAACUCAUGCUUACAGAAGUUAAGUAACUUAUUCUGGGUGGCAGAGCCAGGAUUUAAACUCAGAGCAUCCUGCCUCUAUACAAAGUGAUGUCAUAGAUGCCAGAUUUAAGCGUGACUUAUCAUCAGUUGUCACAUAAAUCACCAUCAUUUGACUGGUAGCAGUUGAUCCUAAUUUUAAGCAAACUAACCUGAAUGGCAAUAAAGACAUUGGUGCAUUAAAAACCUAUAUGUGUAAGGUCAUUAUGAGAUAGGGGAGAGUUUCAAUUGAAUCUCAGAGUUUUAAAGUUUAGAAUGAAGGAAUAGCAUGAUAAGGAAGUGGGAAGGAUGGGGUUGGAGUGGAUUUUGUGUCACUGAGGAAAGCCAGGUGGCCAGAGGUUUAGCUAAGUAUCAGAUCUCAGCCUGGAUGCUGGCAGGUCCUGACAUUGAGCUUUCUCAGGACCCCCAGAGAGGUCGAACAGGCUGACCCUAACCAGGUCCCUCAAGAUCGAUGCCUCCUCCCAUCACUGUUCUAUCCGACACGGAACAAUCUCCCUUUCCACAGACAAGAGUGCUCUCAUCCCCUCCCCCAGUCUCCUUCCCUCCUGGCAGCCGAGUCUCUGGGAAA